AUGGUAGCAAAAGAUAGGGUAAGGCUAUUGCAUUAUCCAUGCUUAAGGUCAAUAGGCUCUUUCGUGAUAGAGUGUGAUGAACGAAUCCAGAAGAUUCAGACAGUCAAAGUGAUGGAAGGAAUCCUAAUAUGCGCCGCACCUCAUUGUCUCAAGUCAUUCUUUAAGAAAGCUGAGUUUGAAUCUCAUAUCCACGAGAACCACGCCAAUCUUGUUCGUUCCAAUGCAGAUAAAGAAGAUGGAAAUGAGUCAGAGGCACAAAGUGUCAGGCAACCUGCGGCCUCAGAUUCCACAGCUCGAGGCCCCCAAAGGCAAGUCUUUUCUCCGGGUUCAAAUUCUCAACCACACGAUCUGGAAGAUAGAACUCGUCGGCAGCCAGCAAGAGAUCAAGCUCCUUCAAGACCAACAAUGCAGCAAAAGCCACCAUUUUUUGGCCAACAACAACAUCACCCUUCAGAUACAAUGUCUGGUUCUAUCGGAGGUAUGCAACAGGGCUUUCAUCAACAAAGUUUUGACAUGCAGCAACAGCAUCCCCCACAAGAACCUUCUCAGUUUACCGACAUACCACAAUCAGUUGGUCCAGAUAACUCAUUUCCCGAGUAUCCAACAAUGCACCCUGGACAAUCCGCUAAUAUCCCCUCACACUCAAACCCAAUGCUGAACCCUCCUUUGCCAUUCGGUUAUCCCUCUUACCCUCCUCAAGACCGAGCUCAACCAUUUUAUGCUGCUCCCUAUGAUAUGCCUAGGCAGGACUCAGCUUCUGAUAUGGGUGGAGACUCAAAUUCAUUAGUGGGUUUCUCACAAGGUGGCCCAAAUUUUCAAGGAAAUUAUUCCCAGCAAUGGAAUGCAGCAGGUGGUCCAUUUGAACAAGCACAGGGUGGUGGUGUGGUUGUGGAUCCAAGGGAUACCAAAGGAAUAUUGGCACCACCACAGCCCAUGCACCUCCCACCACCACCGCCGCCGCCAGCCCACAUGUUGAAACAUAAUAACUAUGCUGUUGAGCACGGACAAGAUGGUCAGGGUUAUGGUUGGCAGCAUGAUAGUCGUGACAGCUUUAGCGGUCAAGGCUAA